AACGGAACGCAGCCAAUGGAAAGCAAGGUAAAGGAAUAUGUUAUAAAGGGCAUUCAGGCCCAGUCAUCGAAUGAGACGAUUAGGUAUGUUAGUUGGAAGCGAGAUUGAAGGAGACACGCGGAAAAAGUCUCAAAGGAACAGGAAGCAAAAGCAAAAACUUUGCAAGGAAUAUUGAAUGUAAACACAAUCGAAACUGACACAAGUAAGUCGGAGUGUACGAUAGAUCUGACUAAAAUGAGUACAUGCAAGGAGAGAUGCAUGGCACAGCUGACGUGUCCUAUAUGCACGGAAUUAUUUGUAGAAGCAACUAUGUUGAGUUGUACGCACAUCUUUUGUCACGACUGUAUAGAAUCGUGGAACAGAGGACAGAAGAACCGUGCCUGUCCAGUAUGCAGCAAGCCAGUAACAUCGAUGAUCAGAUCGACAGGUCUAGAUGAUCUUAUUGAGAAUAUGAUCGCCGACUUUCGUGACUUUCCUCCCGAACUUAAGAACAAAAGAAAGGAACGUAUGCAAGAAAGAGAAGCAUCGGAAAAGAAGGCAUAACGACUGUAUUAAAACACAAGUCGCACGAAACGCAAAAAGACGAAUGCUAUAGUAUUUCUUUUUUUUUUGUUAAUUAUGUAAAGAAGAAUAUUUACUUAUUUUUCCUAAUUUAAGCCGCUGCAAUCUCUGUUAUCUUCUCGAACGCUGCAAAUUUCACGUUUACGCAAAUUACAUUUAUGUUUAUAUAUCGGCGUCUACAAUUGACUAUGUUUCACGUGCACGUAUCGGCGCACAUAUCGCUCAUGUAAAGCCGAGAGAUUGAAUAAAUUUAACUUGUUACAUUC